AUCGUCACGGGCUCGUCCUCGGGACUCGGGCUGUACACGGCGAAGGCGCUGAUCAAGAAUGGAUACUUCGUCGUCAACGCGGUGCGCUCGCCGGAGAAGAUGCAGGUCAAGGCGAACGAGCUGGGGCUGGACGAGUCGUCGUACGCGAUCAUGUACCUCGAACUCGGUGACUUGCAGUCGGUGCGCGAUUUCGCGACCGAGUUCCGACGAUCCAAGUACGUGAAGAACUUUCAAGCGCUGGUGUGCAACGCGGCGCUGUAUCUCCCGAACGCCACGGUGCCGUCGUACACCAAGGAUGGGUUCGAGGAGUGCGUGGGGGUGAAUCAUCUCGGUCACCACUUGUUGUCUUUGCUCUUGCUCGACGAUCUCGCGGAAGCGCCGGACGCGAACAUGAAGCGUUUGAUCAUCGUCGGGUCGGUGACGGGCAACACGAACACGCUCGCCGGUCAAGUGCCGCCGCGCGCGGGUCUCGGCGACAUGUCGGGCUUGAGAAACGGCUUCAAGAAUAGCGACCGUAACCAAGGCGCGUUGAUCGACGGCACUCGCUUCAUCGGCGCCAAGGCGUACAAGGAUUCCAAGCUGUGCAACAUGCUCGACAUCAAGGCGUUCGCCGAGCGUUUCGGCGAAUCCACGGGGAUCAAGUUCAGCACGAUGUACCCGGGAUGCAUCGCGGAUUCCAACUUGUUCCGCAACCACACCGCGUUCUUCCGCUGGUUCUUCCCGAUUCUUCAAAAGAACGUCACCAAGGGUUACGUCAGCGAGGAAGAAGCCGGCGAACGCCUCGCCUCCAUCGUGUACGAUCCGCGAUACAGCGAGCAAGGCGCGUACUGGGCCUGGAAGGGUGGUGGCGACCAGCUUUGGGACAACUACAACAACAACAACGACGACACGCGCACGAUUGCGUUCAACAACAAGCCGUCGAAGGAAGGCAGAGACAUGGCCAAGGCGAACGAAGUGUUUGAUAUUUCCACCGAGCUCGUCGGC